AUGAAGAACCAACAAAAGAAGGAUGAACCUCAAAAGACAAAUGCUAUGGUGUUUACGAUUACUCGGGUUGAUGUUGAUACCAACAACUCUGUGGUGUCAGGUGAUAUUUUUGUAUCCGGUAUUCUCACUCAUGCAUUAAUAGAUUCAGGUGUGACACAUUCAUUUGCAUCCUUGACAUAUGUAAAAAGGUUAGGUAGAUCGUGUGAGAAAUUUUCAGAAGUUUUUAGUACAAUGUUACCAUCUGGAGAGAUUUUAUAUUCUACUCAUUGGUUGAGGGGGGUUCCUAUUUGCAUUGAUGGUAGGGAAUUAUAUGCUGGUCUAACAAUGUUAGAGAUGCACGAUUAUGAGGAGAUUUUGGUUAUGGAUUGGCUUUCAAUGUAUAAUGCCACUAUUGAUUGUAGAAAGAAAAUAGUCAAGCGACUGUUGGAAAGUGGAUGUAUGGGUUAUCUCGCCAGUGUGGUUGACACUUAUAAAGAGCAAAAGUUAAAACCGGAAGAUGUACCGGUAGUUAGAGAUUUCUUAGAAGUGUUUCCAAAAGAUUUACCGAGAUUGCCUCUAGACAAAGAAAUUGAAUUUGUGAUAAAGCUACUUCCUGAAAAUGUGGCAUUUUGGGGCCAUAUAGUCUCAAAAGAUGGUAUUUCGGUGGAUCCGGCAAAGAUUGAAGAUGUUAGUAAAUGGAAUAGACCAAGAAAUGUUUCAGAAAAAGAAUUAAAUAUGAGACAAAGGAGAUGGUUGGAGGUAGUGAAAUAUUAUGAUUGUCAAAUACUUUAUCUUCCGGGAAAAGCAAAUGUAGUUGCAGAUGCACUGAGUAGAAAGUCUCAUGGUAAUGUGUCAUUUUUGAGGAAAUUGACAAGACCACUUCAGGAAGACAUGUGCAGACCGGAGAUUGAGAUACCAGAGUGGAAAUGGCAAGAGAUUACUGUGGAUUUUGUAGUUGGAUUGCCAAAGACUUCUAAACAACAUGAUGUUAUUUGGGUUAUAGUAGACCGAUAUACCAAAUCAGCACACUUUCUUCCGACAAAAGAGUUUGUUGAUCGAAAGCGAAGAGAUGUGGAGUUCAAUAUUGGGGACAAGAUAUUUCUAAAAACUGCCCCUAUGAAAGGAGCAAUGAGGUUUGGAAAGAAAGGGAAGUUAAGCCCGAGAUUUAUUGGAACUUUUGAAGUAUUAGAAAAGGUGGGAAAGGUAGCCUAUAGAUUGGCAUUACUGCCAUCAUUGUCGAACGUCCACGAUAUUUUUCAUGUAUCAUUAUUGAGAAAAUACGUUAUAGAUCCUUCACAUGUGCUAAACUACGAGCCAAUAGAAGUUGAACAAGACCUAACAUAUGAAGAAAACUAG